AUGCAGGGAAGGAGAAAGGGAUGGAGAGCUCAGAUCGGCACCGACAUCGCCGGCAAGGAUCGAGACGCCGCCGCCAUGGGCUUCUGGAGCGACGUGCAGUGGUGGGAGGACUGGCAGCUGCGGUUCCUGGUCCUGGCGAGCCUCUGCUUCCAGUACUUCCUCUUCGCCGCCGCGCUCCUCCGCAAGCGGUGCGUGCCGCCGUGGUUCCGGUCGCUGGUCUGGCUGGCCUACCAGGGCGGCGACGUCGUGGCCGUCUACGCGCUCGCCACGCUCUUCAACCGCCACCGCAAGGACGAGGUGGCCACCGGCGCCGCGCACCUCGACACGCUCUGGGCGCCGGUGCUCCUGCUGCACCUCGGCGGCCAGGACGGCAUCACGGCCUACGGCGUCGAGGACAACGAGAACUGGAGGCGCUACCUCUUGGUCGCGGCGUCUCAGAUCGCCAUAGCCAUCUAUGUGUUCUGCAAGUCAUGGACAGGGUGGUUCCACGACCAGAGGCUGCUCCGCGCGGCGAUCUUGCUCUUCGUCCCCGGCGUCGUCAAGUGCCUGGAGAAGCCACUGGCUCUCCGGAACGCCACCGUCAACAGCAUCGCCAACUCCUCCGACCCAACGAUGGAAGUGUCCAUCGAGGAAGACGACGGCACGCUGCCGACGGCCAUGGAUUCACUCGAGGAGUUCGUGACGGCCGCGAAGGAGUGCGUCGAGAGGGAGGCCAAGAGGGACCCUCCCCUGUUCUUCGACGACACGAUGAACGACGAGCCCUACCACCUCUUCGUCGACCUCAGCCACCCCUACUCCAUCCGGCUCCGGAACCUGCAGGUCAUGGCGGCGCGGAGCGGCAAGGAGGAGGCGCACGACCGGGUUCGCGCCGCCGUCUCCCAGGCGUUCGACCGCCUCUUCACCAAGCACAAGGCGAGCUACGGUGGAGUGCUGCGCGCCGUCGUCGUGCUCCUCACGUUCGCCGACAUCGGGCUGUUCCAGGAGAGCCGCCGCCGGAGCACGGCGUACGCCCGCGCCGACGUCGUCGUCACCUACGUCCUGCUGUGCUGCACCGCCGCGCUGGAGUUCGUGUCCGCCUGCGUCGUCCUCGGCUCCGGCCUGCCGCUGCCCGACGACCAGCUGCCCCAGUACAACCUCAUCGGCUACCUCGCCGGCAACCUGAGGCGCCCGCGGGUCCGGCACCUCGCCUUCGUGCUGGGGGUCGAGGAGCAGCUCGACUGGCUCUGGUACACGGCGCCGCCCGAGCCGUCCCGCCGCAUCACCGAGCUCGUCCACGACCACGUCGCCGGCGGGUGGAAGGGGUACAUAAACGCCGCGGCCGAGAGGUCGAGCACGUCGAGGUCGCCGGUGGAGGACUACCGCCGGUUCAACGACGGCCGCGGCCAGCGGACGGUGGAGCGGGCGGGAUGCGGCGGCGGCAGGAGGGGCGGCGUCGAGCGGAGCCUGCACCUGCCGUUCGACGAGAGCGUCGUCGUCUGGCACCUCGCCACGGAGCUCUGCUACUUCGACCACGUCGACGCCGGCGGCGAGGCCACCCGGAACAGCAGGGUGAUCUCCAACUACAUGGUGUACCUGCUGCUCGUCCGGCCGUGGAUGCUGAUGCCGGGCGCCCGGCGCGGGCUCCUCCUGGCCGUGUACACCGAGCUGAGGCGGAUGCUCAAGAACCCGCCGGCGUCGGGGGAUGAGGACGACGAGGAGGCGGGGAAGAAGAAGAAGGCGCCGCCGAUGGCCAUGGACGAGAUCGCGCGGAAGAUCAUCCAGAAGGUGAGGAAUCCGCCGCCACCAGCGAGCUCCGGCGGCGCUCGCCGCCCACCGCCGCCUCGCAAAGCCGCCGCCGACCUCGUUCGCAACGCUUGGGAGCUCGCCUACGACCUCAUGGAAUUCUCCAAGAAGAAGACGGAGCAGAGCAGGGAGAAGAGACUCGCCGAGGAGAUCAAGAAGACGGCCGGCCAGCCCGUGAGCAACGAGAAGAUGGUCGAGAUCGUGAUCUCAGCCGGGGAGGACGGGGACGACGAGAUGUGGAAGGUGAUCCAGGGCGUGUGGGUGGAGAUGCUCUGCUUCUCCGCCGGCCGGUGCCGGGGGUACCUGCACGCCGCGAGCUUGUGCAGGGGCGGCGAGUACCUCUCCUACGUGUGGCUCCUCCUCUCGUACAUGGGGAUGGAGACCAUGGCGGAGAGGACGCAGAGGACGGAGCUCCCCGCCGAAGGAGACGGCGGCGGUUUGGUGACGCCUCCGGAUCCGGACGACGACGAUGACGGUGACGAACCGGCACAGCCGCCAAAGGCUGGUGGAGCGCAGCCAUCCGGCGCCGCGGCGACGUCGUCGGUUAAUAAGAAGGCAGUGGCGGCGCCUCCGGCAGCGGCCUCCGGUGCAGCCGUGGUGCCCGUCGACAUUGUCUGACGGACGAACAACGCGUACGCGGUGACCUGUGGAGAUUGUUUUGUGUUGCUGCUACUGGUUUCGUCCACUUUUAUUUUCUGCACAACUUGUGUUUGCUUUCCCAGAUCAGGCUGAUAGCCUGAUACUCUCCAUGCAUGUGUGUGUGUGUGUGCGCUCGCUAGUGUCUUUGGUGUUGCUAAUCUUGUGUACUACGGCUACGGCCUGUAAUAAUCUUGUUCUACCGAUCAAUAAAAGUUACACAGGGCUUGUUGUGUUUUUCUUA